AUGAGUCAAACAGAAGGUAUUUCAUUGCUGAAGAGCAAGAAACAGACUGUCUUGUCCCACAAGCUGUCCUCUGCCAGACUAAAGGUUACCACCACUAUGUCUGUGGAAGUGGGGAAUCGGACCACGUUGACUGAAUUCAUUUUAAUUGGCUUCUCAGCUGACCCCCAGAUGCAACUGGUCUUCUUUGGAGCUUUUUUGGCUCUUUAUUUGGUAACAUUGGCAGGGAACAUGACUCUAGUUAUCUUAAUCAGGAUUGACUCCCGCUUGCAUACCCCAAUGUACUUUUUCAUUGGGAAUCUCUCAUUCUUAGAUUUCUGGUAUACAUCUGUGUACACCCCCAAAAUCCUGGCCAUCUGCAUUUCAGAGGACAAACGUAUAUCCUUAGCAGGCUGUGGUGCCCAACUUUUCUCUUCUUGUGUUGUGGCCUACACUGAGUGUUACCUCCUUGCCGCUAUGGCCUAUGAUCGUUAUGUAGCAAUCUGCAACCCCCUUCUCUAUUCAGCUGCCAUGUCCAGGCCUCUUUGUGUUGGGUUGGUUGCUGGGUCCUAUGUAGGUGGGUUCUUGAAUGCCAUAGCCCACACUGCUAACACAUUUCGCCUGAAAUUUUGUGGGCAAAACAUCAUUGACCACUUCUUCUGUGAUGCACCACCUCUGGUAAAGAUGUCCUGCACUGACACACACAUCUAUGAGAAGGUGCUGCUGGGAGUGGUGGGUUUCACAGUUUUGUCUAGCAUACUAGCCAUCCUGAUAUCGUACUUCAAUAUCCUCCUGGCCAUCCUUCGGAUCCGCUCAGCUUCAGGGAGGUGGAAGGCUUUCUCUACCUGUGCCUCCCACAUGAUCUCUGUCAUGCUCUUCUAUGGGUCCCUCCUCUUCAUGUAUUCAAGACCCAGCUCCACCUAUUCCCUGGAAAAGGACAAGUUGGCUGCCCUGUUCUACACAGUGGUGAAUCCCUUGCUCAAUCCCAUGAUCUAUAGCUUCAGGAACAAGGAUGUGAAAGAGGCCUUCAGGAAAGCAAUACAGAGAAUUAAAAUACCAAGAUGA